UCGGAUGAAGUGACGUCACGAGGCUCCAGCUGCCUGCUUGUGUUUGCUUUGUGCGAAACAAGAAGAAGAAGAUGCUGGGCGGUCAAGCCCUUCCAGAGACCUGAUAUUUCCAACCGUCUUGCUGAUAAAACGGGAGUUCAACAACCAUGCAAAGUCUUACUCAGACCUUGAAGACUGGACCAGAAGAACCAUUGUUACCACUGACAGAGUGUGAUGCGAUGAUGCAACCUGGGGAAAGUGAAACACAUGUUCAAUUAUUAUCUGAAAUAGUUAACCAGCCACCGCACAGUGUCGGAGUCACACAAGAAAAUGAGAAGGAGACUCUGGAGGAGCCUGUAGGCGAACCCAUGGUUGACUCUGAGGGGCGGGAAAUAGACCCUUCUCUUAGCCCUGGUUCCCUCGAAGUAGCACCUGGACAUAAACCUGCUUCAGCAAGUGAUGUGGAAACGUUGGGAAAGAUUAAGGAAGCAAAUGAUGGAAGAAGAUAUCUUUCAUGCAUGAAGAACAGAAGGAACCCUUUGCUGAUGGAAAUUCCUGAGUUAGACAGUUCUUCACUAAUACUUGACUCAUCUCCACUCUCUCUGCAGUGCCGGCAGUGUCACAUCAUUUUCAACCACUACAAGUCAAAGGAGCGUCACCUUAGGAGCAACCAUCCGCUGGAAUACCAACAGUCUGCGCUGAAGAACACCCUGUUCACCUGUUACGUGUGUGACCACCACUUUGCUAACUCUACAGAGCUCAUGACCCACCAGAAAGCUCACGUAGAGAAAAGACCUUACAAAUGCCCAAUAUGUGGAGAGGCAUUCUACAGGGUGUCAGAGCUCACUGGCCAUAAGAAAAUACAUUUUGGGGAGGAUGGUUAUGCAUGCACAACCUGUGGAAAGGCAUGCAAAACACUUACGUUACUGAAGUACCACCAGCGGAAGCACACCGGGGAGAAGCCGUAUGCGUGUAAGGAGUGCGGGAAGAGGUUCGGCUUUUCUAAGGACGUCCGGAAGCACAUGGAGUCACACUUGCAAGGACAAGAGGGAGAGGAUGGAACCAUUCCACCUCCUAAAGCACCGGGCAAGAAGAUAAAUAGUAACACAGGUGUGUCUACAAUAAAAUACCCUUGUUCUCUAUGCAAGGCUACUUUUAAGAGCAUCAAAACCAGGUUAUGCCACAAUAAAAAGAAGCACAAGUUUUUACUUGACACGACCACUGAUGCCCUCCCACCAAAGUAUCCUGUAAAGCAAGGUGGGCCCAUUAUAACGCCAAUCUCGAUCAGUCAAUCAACAUUUCUCCAAGUAGAGCCUCUUCAACAAGUCAAUGCUAACAUUGACACUGAGCAAAUUCGCAAACUUAUAGAGUCCAUGGAGAACGUGCAGAGGGUGAAUCAGGUUGUGAUCCUGGGUCAGGUUCCCCCUCAUAUCCCAACACAGGGCCUGCAGUUCCCGGCACCAGGAGCCCCAGUUUAUUUGAAUCCAACGCCCCCAUCAAUUGAACAUUCCCAGACAGAGCAUUCCAACUCUUUAGAAAUGCACUUUGCAAGGGGCAUGUGUAAUUACAUGGAUCAAACUAUUAUAUUAGAACCUAUAACACCUCCAAAUGAAGGGUUGGAAUAUCCUUCAUUCCAGGAGCUGGUUUCAAAAAGACAGAGUGAGGUUGCUGACCUCAAACUAAAACCGGAGGAAACCCUCGUAAUGGAACUGACUUCUGCCUUGUUACCAGUUGCAGACUUGGAAAAAUCUGAGUCUAGUCAUCAACUGGAAGUGCCAUCAUCAUCACUAGUACUUGCCACAGAACUGGAGAAGAGUAUGGAUGAGACGGUUAAUGAUCAAGAUGAAAUAACCCCCCCUGGUCAGCUACUGGUGCCCACAGUUGAGCUGGAUAAGACCCCUUUAGAGGCAGUUCAAGAGGAUCUGAUCAAUGGCCCUUUACCCCAAAAAGACAAAUCCACUCAACUUCCAUAUGAAACCCCAAACAAUCCUGAAGGAGAGGUUGCUUCACAGAUACCAAAGGAAAGCAUUGAACAGGCCCAUUCUGUGAUGGAGAGUAUGCCAGUAGAGGAGACACGAGAAACCCAUUCUGUGAUGGAGAGUUUGCCAGUAGAGGAGACACCUGAGCCCCAUUCUUUGAUGGAGAGCAUGCCAGUAGAGGAGACCCAAGAACAAAUUGAGAAUGGUCAAAAAGGGGAGGAAACGCUAGAGCAGCCAACUGUAGAGAAUAUUUCUUCACAAGAACAGGUCCCAUUACAAUCAGAGACCAAGCAGGUGGAUAGUACUUUAGACUCAACUGUUAAUGUUAUGUCGGCUCAAGAAUUGGUUAAGGUGCGAAAACGAAGACCGGCCAGGACUUUUGUUUAUGAAGAGUAUAUAUAUCAACAAAUGGUGUCAACACGAAAGAGACAUUUACAUACUGGGGAGACAUCUGCUAAACAGCAACCAACAAAGAAAAGCCCCCAUGUGAUAGAAUUUGGUCCAAAAAACAAAGAGAAGAAAAAUCAAAAUCAGAGGAAACGAUCACAGUCAUGCCAGUCAACCAAAGAGGUAAAAACUGGAAGCAAGAUGUUUUUCACAAAUAUGUCAGAGAAGCCGGUAGCUCCAAAAAAGAAUGGAAGAAAAUCCACCAGAAAACAUGUGCAUUUAUCUUCUCCAGAGGAUAAAUUGUCUAACCCUGUUGAAAACAUAGAGCAACAAGGUAAAGACAAAAAGACCAACAAAUUGACCAAGAGAAAACAGGUGGUCACAGGCAACAUAAGCAAAGAACAAAAAGAUUCCCCAGCACUAAAAAAGAACAAGAUCAAAAAGGUUCCUUCCCCCAAAUUAAUUGAUUUGAACAUUAAGGAAAAGUGCAAGAAAGUAACAAAAGAGACAGACCCUACCACCCAGAACACAGUGAUAAACAAGGGCUCUAUAAACGUCCCCGCUCAAGAAAUAACCCCAGAUCCUUUUCUUUUACUAAAGGGUCAUAAACAACCCCAGCUGAAAGUUUACAAAUUGGAUCCUUCUAAGGCAGCAGGGCAGACGCAGGAGUACACUCAGAGUCAGGAGGGCAAUGAGGAUGCCAAUAUGCUCUUACCUGUUGUCAGGAAAAGGGCUGGCCGACCCAAAAAAAAUCAGAAAGCCUUUUCACUGCUGUCUUCUCUAGUGGUAAACGAUCCAUCUCCCACGACAGCCCAUAAGCCUAAGACCACCAGAAAACGCAAGUCAUCUUUGAGGAUUGAGACUGAGGGCGUGAUAACGGCAUCCAACUCCAAGCGGGCUUUAGAAUGUAAAGACUGCGGAGAGAAGUUUAACAGUGUCUCCUCUCUUCAGGAACACAAGACAAGCAUGCACAUUGUGGAGAGCCCAGGCCUCACGUUUACAAAUGGCAACUUAUUCGAGGGGGUUUCCGGUUUAGUUCAUCAACCUACAAAUAAGGCUGAUGGAGUUAUUGGGGAAGUCAGUGGUCCCUCAUACUGGGAUAUAGAAGCUGAGACGAGAGAAGUGGCUUCGGAAGACAAAGAGUGCACUGUGUCUUUCCCAGCCCUGAAUCCAUCACCUUCUUUGCCUAUUACUGAGGCAGUUGAAGCUAGUGGAUCUAAAGAAAAGACGCAAAUUGCAUUUGUUGCAGACAUUACAGCUUUAUUGGAUGAAGCUCGGCAGCAUAGAGAACCCUUGACUGGCACCCCUCUAGGUGUACUUGUUAAUGGGUCUCCUCAGCUGAAUGGCCCUGGGGCAGAAGGGUCUUUAGCAUCUGAUCUGGGGCUCCCAACAGGGCCGACCAGUGAAGGUGAUGGCCUUAUACGUCCUUUGCAUUAUGACUGCGGAACUGAAAUGAAGAUUACCGCAGAGGACGAUGUGAAAGAUGAAGUUCUUCUCGAUGUAGAUGUAGUCACAGUCGGGGAGCAGAAUGAGAUGGAUCCACCAGACUUUUCCCAACCUCUUCUAAUUGGAGAUGGUAAUCAGGAAGUGGUUGACCCUGAUGUUUCCAGUAUUCAGAUUAACAAUGAAAAGACGACUGAAAUAACUUUUCACAGUUCUUCUUCAUCCUCCACACAUUCACUUGAGUUCAAGAAAGAACAGGACGUUGAAAGUGUGGUACAGAAAAGAGACAAAUCUGUAGUGAGAGAAGUUGGAAGAGUGAGUAGCAUAAGGGGGAGAGGAAGUGGAAGAAGGGAAGGUUCUAAAAGGGGUUUGAUCUCAAGGAGAAUAACAGACGGAGGCAAUUUCUGCGGAAGAAAAGCUGAUGAAGAACCGGAUGAAUGUCAGAUCAUUUUCCAAAAAUGUCCACUUACUGCCGACUCUGAAUUAAACAAGCAAGACGACACCCACUCUGUUCAGCGUUCUCACUCUACACUUCAGAGUCCACAAUUGGAGCUCAACCAAGAUAUGCUCCCUGCUCUAUGUGUGCCUCCUGUUUGUUCCUCAUUGGUUGAUAAACAGUCUGAAUUUGGAGUACAGCAAGAUAAAGAGACCGAUCAGUCUGCUAUAGUCAUACCUGAGAGGUUCGUCACUUCCAGACGGAUGGAGACUGCUGACAAGAAGAGAUGCCAUUUAGCGCGUGUUCCUGGUAUGGUGUUAGGCCAAGUCUUGGAUUCCGAAGAGAUCAAGGUUGAGGAUGGUUCAUCCAGUAUAAGGCCUGAUCUUGUCAAGCAGGGAAAACACCUUAUUCUAAGGGAUCCUCCCGCUUCAGAAGACAACGUGAUUAUCCAGUGGAACGUUGAACAAAUGGAUUCUGAAACCAUUCCUGGUACAGAGACCGAGAGCCAAGCCGGUAGUCUGGCUCCAGACGUCCAUACCAAACAAUGCAUCUUCUACCCAGUAAAAGAAGAAGAGAGAGAGGUUUUGCUAUGCCCAUCUCAGAGAGAAGAUGGUGUAAUUGCUUUGGAGCUGUCGAGUGGUGCCAGAGUUGACCAUCAGACAGAAGAUGAAGAUAACUUUUCCAGUGGGGACCAUCAAGAAACGCGAUCUGAGGAUGUCUCUUUGAGCACUAACCCCAAUGAUUCUAAUACAGCAAUAGCUCAGGGAGACAUGGAAGAACCGGAAGAUCGACAUGUCUGUGAUUUUCUCCUGCAAAUUCCUGAAGAGGAUGACUCUGAUUUCGUUGAAUACUGUGAUCCCCUGCCUGCCCCAGAGGAACAAGCUGUGGCCUAUUUGAACAGCCUUAAAAAGAGAAACCAGGUUCAGCUGAAUGAAAAGAGCCUUCCAACUUCUGAAAUCAAUCAAGAGGACAUGAGGCAGCCAAUUGAUUUAUUUUCCACCUACUUUGGGUGGGAUACUUGGGGUGAAAUUGCCCGGUGUACAAAUUCACUGUCCAAAAUGUUACACCUCGCCACUGCUAAGGAGGUUGCACAGUUUGUUGGGAUCCACAUCGCAAUGGGAACUCUAAAGUUUCCUAGUUUGAAGCUCUACUGGCAGGACCCAACUAAAGUGUCUCUGAUCGCUGAUGCCAUGCCCCUUUCACGCUUCCUUCAGCUAGCACACAAGAUAAAAUUAGCCCUUCCUGAAAAGGACUUAACUGGCAAGUUGGCGACUCAACGGACAAGUAAAAGACAAGAUGUACAACCAACAAUUCAGAGUUGUAGUUCUAGUAUUAGUAGUAGAAGCAGUAAUAGUCACAGUUUUAGCAGUAAUGAUGAGGUCCAAAAUAGCUCUAAGAGGCACAGAGACGAGGCAAGCAACCAUGAUAAUGAGAUGAACCCACUCUGGAGGCUCCAGACAAUAUUACAUCGUUUCGACGCUGGAUGCCAGCUGCUGAAACCAGAAGAGGAGUAUGCGGUGGAUCAGUUCCCAAUUCCUUUGUCAACAGGGAAAGAAAAUGACAAUGUUUCUCUGAAUUGCACUGUAUUUAUUGGAGUUGGUGGUCUGAUAACAAAAUUGAAACUUGGAGUAAAUCUCUCAGACAAAGAGGAUGCAGUAGAAAGAAUGGCCCCGAGGGAUAGUCUGGUAUAUCUUUGCAGGCAGGAUCUCUCUACCCCUGCGAUGCUGGAGCGAUUAUUAAAUGCUGGUGUUCAUGGUGCCGGCAGGGUUGGAGGAGCCAUAGGACAAAUGGGGGAUGAGUUUAUCAGUUCUGAUGGUAGACUGAGGUUGCGCCGGUCCAAGGGGGGCUUUGUCCUUUCAACUGCCGGAAAGGAGGAUCAAAACGUCUCAGAGCUCAUUGAGAGCCUUGAGCGGUCCCAAAUGUUGGUGUGUCUGAACAGAGAUUUACAUCACCUUUACCGAAUCCCGCACACAGUCACCCGCUCAACUGGUUGGCCCCAAGGUGUGCUCUGGUUCCUGACAGAUCUAGCCCUGGUCAAUUCAUGGCUUCUAUACAGGCAGGGUCAGCGGACUGGGUCGGAACCCUUGACCCUUAUGGCCUUCAGGCUGGAGGUCUCAAAGGCCUUGAUUUUCUCUAGUGGCUUGGCCACCCAGGACUCCGUUCCCCCUCAGCCACCCUCUCAGAGCGCUUGUGUAUUGACUGAAACCCCUAACCCUGAUAUGCGACAGGAGCGUUCCCUUCCGGAUGCAUCUAUACGGUACGAUGGUUCUGGCCACUGGCCGGAGCAGUUUGAGGUGGGAGAAGGUGGCAGGUGUCGCUUUGGAAACUGUAACAGAACAUCUCAAGUGCUAUGUCUUAAGUGUUGCGUCUUUCUUUGUAUCUCACGUAAUCACAACUGCUUCAUGAAAUUUCACAAUCAACAGCGAUGAGUUGAUGAAAGGAAUGAUGUAUUAUACCUGAUGUUUUCUUCCAAUGAGCCCCAUACUGUUAAUUUUAAGAUAGUGACUUGAAUAUGAAGUUGAUUUAAUGGGAUAUACCGUCUUAAAUAUGGAUUGUGCCUUUUAGUGCCACCUCCUGGAUUUGUGUGUAAAGUAAAAUGUUUUGAAUGGGCUUUAAGGUCCCAACAAUUAGAAGGUUGAAAAUGUGCUGUAUAUUGAGAUACAUUGGAUAGAAAUAAAAUAAAAUAAAAAUUCAAUAUAUUAUUGUUCGUUAACGUGUUGAAUUGGGCUUGUUUGGUUUGGUUAUUUAAAAUGGCCUAUGCGAUUCAAAAACAAGCUGGCUAUACGUGUAUGUAUGCAGGUUUAUGUUUAAAAUCGUAAAGCAAAACAAUUAAACCUUGGUCAAGAAGC